CGGAAAACAGGAAAUUGAUUGUUGUUCGCCUCUGUCAGUAGACGCAAACCCACGAAUGUAGGAAGCGGGAAAUUACGUUAAAGACAGCAGUUAAAACAGUUUGGCGAUACCAGAUUUGAGCGAUGGCAGUUGCAGCGCUCACAGGUGUAAGGACAGGCUUUGUGGAUAAUGUGUCCAAACCAGUUAUUAAGCAACUUCUGGAUGACCUUGUAGAGGGUGGUGUACUGAAUGAUGGUGAGAGUGAGUCAGUACGUGAAGACAAUGGCACCAGAGCUGACAUGGCACGCGAUCUCAUUGACAUUGUGAGGAAAAAAGGAGACAAAGCCAGCAGCAAGAUGAUCACUUACAUUCAAAGAAGAGAUUCUUCACUUUAUGAAAAGCUCGGUUUGCUCGAUAAUCAGCCAGCUCCAGAGCCCCUGGAGCAGGAGCCCUCGAAGCAGGAGCCCCCAAAGCAGGAGGAAUGGUCAGACACACUCAAACACACCACUGAGCAAUUCUGGAGGGGGAAACUGAGGGAUAACAGCAUUUACCCUGUGACCAAAGAAGCCUUUAAAAAUCGUGUGGCACUGCUGAUCACUAAUAUAAAGUUUACUGAUGCCACAUUGAAUAGAAAUGGAGCUGAGAAAGAUCAGGAGAACAUGGAGAAACUGCUCUCAGCUCUGGGGUAUGAGGUGGUGAAAUACACAAACCUCACUGGAAAGGAGAUUAAUGAGGCUCUGAUUGAAUUCUCCAAACACCCAAAACUCAAAGAGACAGACAGUGUGGUGGUGGUUAUCAUGUCCCAUGGGAAACUGGGAGCAGUCCUUGGUGUCGACUACAAAAAGACGCUUUCUAAUACUGAGAAACAAGAUGAGUUCCCGAUCGACAACAUUUACAAGCAGCUGGGCCCAGAGAAAUGUCGUGCACUGCUGGACAAACCCAAGAUCAUCAUCAUCCAGGCCUGCAGAGGAGAGAAGGCUGGAGCUGUGCUUGUUAGUGACAGUACAAAGCAAGAUUUGGUCUGUGAUGAUGUGAAGCAGCCGAGUCCAUCCCUACCUGCUGAGGAAGAGGGUUUAGAGGAUGACACUCUGCGAUGUGUACACAAAGAAAAAGACUUCAUUUGUCUUCUUUCCUGCACUCCUGAUACUGUGUCAUAUAGACAAAGGGAUCACGGGUCUAUCCUCAUCCAGUACAUUGUUCAGGUUUUCAACACCUUUGCACACGAGGACGACAUCGAGGAGCUCUUCAGAAAAGUGAUGCACCGCUUUGAAGACUUCAAGACUCAAAACAAGCGACAGAUGCCAACAAAAGACAGAUGCACACUGAUAAGACGCUUCUACUUCUUUCCGGGACUCUGAGAUGGUUUUCACUGCUGUUUACCUCGACUUUGUAGCCAUAGUUUGAGUUAAUUAUGUUUUCAGUGCUACUUGGUCCACUCAGAGCCAGAUCACUUCAUUAUUACCUGGUGACAAACAAGUGAAAGAUGCAAAAAUCAUGACAAAGAGACACAAAGUAACUACAGAAACACAAAAUGACAUCAUAAAUCUUAUACCAGCAAAGAAAGAACAACAAAAAAAUAAUUGACCAAACACAAAUUUCCUUACUUUUUGUGCUAAGUUUAUCUUUUUUUUCAAAAUGUCUGACAGCAUGUCAGGCUUCAUCUGAGUGCAACCAUGAUUAGUUGUUUUACUACAUUUGAAAAUCCACCAGUCACAAAAUGCAUUAAUUGCUAUGCUGUAUGGCAAUGUUUAAAAUGUACUGUUUAACCCCCUUUAAAAGCUGCAAGAUAUCACACAGAACCUGUUAAGUCAGACACACUUCCAGUAGUUUUUAUGGAAAAAAAAACCCUCAAACUAUUAAUUUAUAUUGCUAUUAAUAGCAAUUCAUUAAAUUUAUAUAGCACAAAUUCAUAACAACAGUCGCGUCAAGGAGCUUUAUAUUUUAAGACAAAGAUCAAAGAUUUUUGGAGAGAAAACCCUAGCAAUCGAAAGAUCCCCUAUGAGCAGCAUUUGGUGAAAGUGGGAAUUAAGAGCUCCUUUUAAUAGGAACAGACCUCCAGCAAAACCAGGCUCACGAAGGGGCAGCUAUCUGCUGAUAAAAGGAGAACACAGGGAGACGAGCACAAAACACUCGCUAUGGGGAAGACAAAAGUUAUUGACGAUAAAUGAGCUCUAAUUUUUUAUUAUUAUUUGUUUUACAACAUGUAUUUUGACAUAUUGAUAUAAUUUGUUCUAC